AUGAAGUCAGUUGUCGUAGAUGUCGUUCCAAAACGCAUCAAGGGCAUCGAUUUCAGCGCUUUGUCCGCGAGCGAUAUCGUUGCUCAAUCAGAAGUAGAAAUCUCGACGAGGGAUCUGUUCGACCUUGAGAAUGGCAGGAAAGCUAAAGCGGGAGGUGCUUUGGAUUCCAGAAUGGGAGUUUCGUCGUCACAGGCUGAGUGCUCGACUUGUCAUGGAAGCCUGGCAACGUGCCACGGCCAUUUUGGUCACAUCAAACUGGCUUUGCCUGUGUUUCAUGUGGGUUAUUUCAAGUCUACCAUUCAGGUUCUUCAAGCGAUUUGCAAGGGCUGUGCGCGAGUUUUGCUUAGUGAAGAAGACAAACGUCAGUUUUUGUCAGAACUUCGUCGUCCGGGCAUAGACAAUCUCAGAAGAAUGGGCAUUUUGAAAAAAGUUUUGGAUCAGUGUAAGAAGCAGCGGCGCUGUUUGCACUGUGGUGGCCUUAACGGUGUUGUCAAAAAGGCUGCUGCGGGGUCUGGCUCUGCAUCACUCAAGAUCAUUCAUGACACAUUUCGUUGGGUGGGUAAGAAGUCGGCUCCUGAAAAGGACAAAUGGUAUGGCGACUGGAAGGAGGUGCUUGCCAGUAAUCCAGAAUUGGAGCGAUUCGUGAAGAGAUCAAUGGACGAUCUGAACCCACUCAAAACUCUGAACUUGUUCAAGCAAAUUGCGUCGGAAGACUGUGAGCUCUUGGGUAUAGAUAGUACACUCAAGUCUGGAAGACCGGAAACCUACAUUUGGAGGUAUCUACCGGCACCGCCUGUUUGUAUCCGGCCCUCUGUCAUGAUGCAGGAUUCUCCGGCAUCGAACGAAGAUGACUUGACGGUGAAACUAACAGAAAUCGUUUGGACUUCUUCUUUGAUCAAAGCAGGACUCGAAAAGGGCAUUUCGAUCAAUAAUAUGAUGGAACAAUGGGACUACUUGCAAUUAGCUGUUGCCAUGUACAUCAAUUCUGAUUCUGUUAAUCCAGCAGUCAUGCCAGGCGCUUCCGGAGGUAAAACGAAGCCCAUUCGAGGUUUUUGCCAGAGGCUCAAAGGUAAACAAGGGCGUUUCCGUGGUAAUUUGUCCGGUAAACGUGUCGAUUUUUCCGGUAGAACGGUUAUUUCCCCUGACCCAAAUCUUUCCAUUGACGAAGUUGCGGUGCCCGAUAGAGUUGCUAAGGUCUUGACAUAUCCGGAGAAAGUUACCAGAUAUAAUCGACAAAAAUUGCAGCAGUUAGUCAUAAACGGACCCAAUCAUCAUCCUGGUGCCAACUAUCUCCUUAAGAGAAACGAAGAUGCGAGAAGAAAUUUGCGAUACGGUGAUCGAAUGAAGUUGGCGAAAAAUCUACAGGUCGGAGACGUAGUCGAAAGGCAUAUCGAGGACGGUGACGUUGUGUUGUUUAAUAGACAACCGUCCCUGCAUAGAUUGUCGAUUUUGUCACACUACGCUAAGAUUAGACCUUGGAGAACGUUCAGACUGAAUGAGUGUGUAUGCACACCAUAUAAUGCAGAUUUCGACGGCGACGAAAUGAACCUUCACGUCCCUCAAACCGAAGAGGCCCGCGCAGAGGCAAUAAACUUGAUGGGUGUCAAGAACAAUUUACUUACUCCGAAGUCUGGUGAGCCCAUUAUUGCAGCAACUCAAGAUUUCAUCACGGGUUCGUAUCUCAUCUCUCACAAAGAUUCGUUUUUCGAUCGUUUUCAGUUAACUCAACUUUUAACCAUGAUGUCCGAUGGUGCCAUGCAAUUCGAUAUUCCAGCACCAGCAAUUAUGAAGCCACAUUUUUUGUGGACGGGAAAACAAGUCUUCUCUCUACUGAUCAAACCUAACAGUCAAUCUCCGGUUGUGAUCAACGUCGAUGCAAAGAAUAAGGUUUACAUUCCGCCAAAAAACAAAACCUAUCCAAACGAAAUGUCUGAAAAUGACGGUUUUGUGGUCAUUAGAGGAUCUAAGAUUUUGAGUGGUGUCAUGGACAAAUCUGUGCUAGGAGAUGGUAAAAAGCAUUCGGUCUUUUACACCAUCCUUCGAGAUUUUGGUCCCCAAGAGGCAGCUAACGCUAUGAACAGGAUGGCCAAGCUUUGUGCUAGGUUUUUAGGAAACCGCGGUUUCUCGAUCGGUAUUAACGAUGUCACGCCCGGAGCCGAACUUAAACAAAAGAAAGAAGUCAUGGUCGAGGACGCUUAUCAAAAGUGUGAUGAACUCAUUGACUUGUUUGAUAAAGGGAAGCUCGAGACCCAACCAGGUUGUAACGAGGAACAGACCCUGGAAGCUAAAAUCGGUGGUUUACUAUCCAAGGUCAGAGAAGAAGUGGGAGAAGUAUGCAUUAAGGAGCUGGAUAACUUGAAUUCCUGCCUUAUCAUGGCUACCUGUGGCUCUAAAGGUUCCACAUUAAACGUUUCCCAAAUGGUUGCUGUUGUCGGUCAGCAGAUCAUUUCGGGUAAUCGUGUUCCUGAUGGUUUUCAGGAUCGAUCACUGCCUCAUUUCCCCAAGAACUCCAAGACACCGCAGUCCAAAGGUUUCGUGAGAAACUCGUUCUUUUCAGGUUUGUCUCCCCCCGAAUUUCUGUUCCAUGCCAUCUCUGGCCGUGAAGGUUUAGUCGACACCGCUGUCAAAACCGCUGAAACUGGUUACAUGUCGCGUAGAUUGAUGAAAUCUUUAGAAGAUCUCUCUUGCCAAUACGACAACACUGUAAGAACAUCCUCAAACGGUAUAGUGCAGUUUACCUAUGGUGGUGACGGUUUGGAUCCUUUAGAUAUGGAGGGAAAUGCCCAACCUGUUAACUUCAACAGGUCCUGGGAUCACGCCUAUAACAUCACUUUCGAUCGCAAAGAUCCUCUUCUUCUUCCGUAUCAGAUAAUGGAACAAACAGAUCAUAUUUUGAAGCCCUUGGAAGUAAAACUGAUUAGGCACGACAACUUGGGAAAUGUCCUCAAGGAUCAGAAUACCGAAAAUAUUGCAUACAUCGAUCAAUUUGAUGCGGAGAGAAACUUCUAUGCUUCUUUGAGAGUCUACAUACAGCAGAAGGUAGAUUUCUUAGCGGAUGUUAGGAAGAACAAAGGCCUUCAGAAAUAUUUGAGUCGGCCAAGUGACAUAAAUGCUAUGGAUAUUGAUGAAGAACCCGAGGCGUCACAGGCUGCAGUUGACCAACUUUGUAGAAUUAGCAGCAAAGUGGUAACCAAAUUUUUGGAAAUUGCCAUCUACAAAUACCAUCGCGCAAAAGUUGAACCUGGUACGGCGGUGGGUGCCAUUGGCGCCCAUUCAAUUGGUGAACCUGGUACUCAGAUGACUUUAAAGACUUUUCAUUUUGCGGGAGUUGCUUCCAUGAACGUCACUUUAGGUGUACCACGUAUUAAGGAAAUCAUUAACGCUUCGAAGGUGAUCUCAACACCAAUUAUCAACGCAGUUCUAGUGAACGACCAUGACGAGAGGGCAGCUCGUGUUGUCAAGGGAAGAGUAGAGAAAACUCUUCUUUCGGAUGUUGCAUUCUAUAUACAGGAUGUCUACAAAGACAACAUGUCUUUUAUUCAGGUCAAGAUUGACGUUGGAACCAUCGAGAAGCUACAAUUGGAACUAACUAUAGAGGACAUUGCAGUUGCAAUUACUCGUGCGCCCAAGCUCAAGAUUGCCGCGGCCGACGUGAGCAUCAUAGGCAAAGAGAAAAUCAACAUCAACGUUUAUCCAGAAGGCGCCAAAUUGAAAUCGAUUUCAGUUUUGGCUAAAGACCCCUCCGUUAACGAACUCUUUUACAAAAUGCAGCACCUGAGGCGAGCUUUACCGGGAAUUGUUGUCAAAGGUUUCCCCGAUAUUGCCAGGGCUGUCAUCAAUAUCCGCGACGAUGGUCGCAGAGAGCUUUUAGUUGAAGGUUAUGGUUUGAGAGAUGUGAUGACUACAGACGGUGUCAUCGGUUACAAAACUAAGACCAAUCAUAUCCUGGAAGUUUACAGUGUUUUGGGCAUUGAAGCUGCAAGAACAAGUAUCGUGGGAGAGAUUGACUACACCAUGAGCAAUCACGGUAUGAGCGUCGACCCUCGUCAUGUGCAGCUUCUGGGAGACGUUAUGACUUACAAAGGUGAGGUUCUGGGUAUCACAAGAUUCGGGUUGAGUAAAAUGAGAGAUUCUGUUCUGCAGCUUGCUUCUUUCGAAAAAACAACAGAUCACUUAUUUGACGCUGCUUUCUACAUGAAGAAGGAUGCAGUAGAAGGUGUAUCAGAGUGUAUCAUUUUAGGGCAGACAAUGUCUAUCGGUACAGGUGCAUUUAAGGUUGUUAAAGGAACGGAUGUAACGUCUAAAGACCUUGAACCCUACCCAACGCUGUUCGAGAGCUUGUGCAAGGCCAAGGGGCAGAACGAACUGAAACUAAGCUGA